AUGGCGACCGGCGGCGCUGCCGUGGUGACGGCACUUGUUGAUAAGAAAGGAGGGAAAAGCCAUGUGUGGAAACAUUUCGGAUUCGCGGCUGAUGACGAGGGGAACAUCAUAGAUCCUCAAAAACCAAUUUGCAAACGAUGUCAUCGAAGUUUUCUCUCAAAAGCAGGAAACACAUCAAACCUAAUAAAACACCUCAAAGACCGACACCCGGAUCUGAUGAAAGAGUUCAAGCAGAUGCAGGGUGAGGAAGAUCAUGAAACACCCCAGCAAACUUUAAAACAGCCAACAGUUACAGAAGCUUUUCAGCGGCAGCAGAAAUAUGACAAAAACUCACCUGAGGCAAGAAAGCUAAACCGAGCUGUUGCUGAAUUCAUAUGUAUGGAUAAAGUCCCCAUUUAUACUGUUCAAAAAUGUGGAUUCCAGCAGCUGCUUCAUCACUUCAACCCAAAAUACCAGCUUCCAAGUCGAAACUUUUUCAUGUACACUGAGAUUCCACGCAUCUACAAUGACACCAGAGACCUCAUAAUGCAGCAUCUCGGAGAGAAACCAUUUUACAGUUGCACAACUGAUCUUUGGACAAGUAGAACGGCUGACACUUUCAUGUCUGUAACUCUGCAGUACAUUACUAAAUCAUGGGAAUUGCAAUCCUGGUGUCUUGGAUGUUGUGGUCUCAACACUGAUCACACCGCUGAAAGUUUGAAGGAGGCCUUUGAAGAAAAACUUGAAGACUGGAAGUUGGACAUUGCAAGAAUGUCAGGCAUCACAACAGACAAUGCCACAAAUAACAAAAAAGCCUUUGAGGAUUACACCUGGAUUCCUUGUUUUGGACACAAUCUCCACCUUGCUGUGAAUAAGGCAAUAGAAAUAAACAGGGUGUCCGCAGCGCUGUCAAGGCUUCGAAAAACAAUUUCUGCGUUCACAAGAUCACCAAAACUUUCACGCCAGCUGGCCAAAAAACAGAAAGAUCUGUCCUCUCCAGACCACAAACUCAUUCAUGAUGAACCCACUCGCUGGAAUUCUUCAUAUGAUAUGGUGGAACGUUUCUUGGAGCAGCAGCAGGUUGUCUGUGCAGUCCUGGCUGAAGACAGGAAAAAAUGGUAUCUGAUGCCAAAAGACUCAGACAUUACAGUUUUAGAAACUGUUAAAGCCGUUCUUGAGCCACUCAGUCCUUUUACUGAUGCACUUAGUGGGGAAAAACAUACCACCCUGUCCUCAGUCUUGCCAUUACUCUGGAAGAUAUUUGAGUGUCUUAGUCAUAAACAAAGUGACUCUGCAUUAGCCCAAGAGAUGAAGGAAAAGAUACACGAGUAUCUUAAGCAUCGCUAUGAUGACCUGCAGCUGCAGUUUCUUUUGAACACUGCAACUUACCUUGAUCCAAGAUUUAAAAACAGCUUUGUUUCUCUUAAGGGUGAUGAUGUGAAGCAAAGUCUCCUGGAUGAGGUGAGGAAAAUGGGCAAUGCAGAAAGUGCAUCUCGGGUGUCGGGAGGAGAGUCAAGUCAAGAAGUCAGGCCAUCAAAAAAAUCCAAAAAUGAUCUGAAGCAUCUGCUUUCCUCCAUACAAGGGGAAAAGAAAGAAAAAGGAGAGCCAACAUGCUCAAGUCAAGCAAAUCUUUCUGCAAGUGACGAGUUAAAUGGUGAAUUCUUGGUGUACAGUCAGAUGCCUGAGAUCAGUGCUGAGGAUGAUCCACUUUCCUGGUGGAAAACAAAUAUGGCAAUGGCAAAACAGUCAAACUCAGAGGCAAUUGUUGAUAGCAAUUCAGUAAAAUCCUCAGCAAAGGCUGGAGAGUAUUUUGGAGGCCUGUAA